CAACCGAAAUCAGAGCAUAGUGGCAUACCAUACAUUACAAAAAAUAAAAAAGAAAAAGAAGGAAAAAAGAGAGAGUAGGAAGAGAAAGAGGAAGAGGAAGGGGAAGGGGAAAAGUUUGUUUGAGAAAAGAGCAAAUAAAAAGGAGAGAAGACAAGAGUCCGGCCUAAGCCAAAUACACUGAAAGGAAAGAAACAGAAGAGUUGGAGUUGGAGUUGGAGUUGGAGUUGGUUAUGAUUAGAUUGCUUUGAAGAAGCAAUCAAAAUUGGAUGAACCGCAGCAGAUGAUGGUUUGUUUUUGCUCUCAGAAUGUGAGAGAUGGAAUUCACGCUUGUCUUCGCGAUUUUGAUAGGCUCCAGAAUCUGGCCGUCGUCCUUAUUUACAUCCAAAUCGGGUGCUCCUUGAUCGGAUCCCUCGGCGCAUUAUACAACGGUGUGUCGCUCAUCAAUUUGGGGAUCGCAUUGUUCGCUUUGGUUGCCAUCGAGAGCAGCAGUCAGAGCUUAGGUCGAACCUACGCCGUUUUGCUCUUCUGCGCCAUUCUGCUUGACAUUUCGUGGUUCAUCCUCUUUUCCCACGAUAUUUGGAACAUGUCCAGCGAGCGUAAUGGAAUGUUGUUCACCUUCUCCCUCAGAUUAUCGCUUGCCAUGGAGAUCGUGGGGUUUUGCGUAAGAUUCUGCUCGUCCCUCUUAUGGAUUCAAAUAUAUAGACAGGGAAUUUCAUAUGUAAACAGUGGUGCCAAUCCUCGAGACCCUGAUUUCGAUUUGAGAACUAGUUUUCUGAGCCCUGCAACCCUACCCAAUUCCAGACAGUGCUCUCACAAUGACUCUGAUGACGCUUUAGGAGCUUCCAUCUACGAUCCUGCUUAUUACUCUUCCCUUUUUGAAGACCGUCAGCAACCCAGUAGACAUUCAUUUCUGGGUCAAAAUAAUGCUGUUAGCAGAACUGGAUCCACUGCUGGUGCUGAAGUUUCUUAGCUAAAGCCAUCGCCUGUUAGGACUCUUUCUGCUUAAGCAUCUUAUUUCCCCUUAGAGUUUCAGUUGACAUUGUAACUCAUUAGAGCUGUGCUUUACUCUUUUUCUUUUAGCAGCCUAUUCAUCCUUCUGCAUAGAUUCAUACACUCUUACAGAUAGCUCAAAUUAGAAAUAAGUCUGUCUCUAACUUCAAUGUAGAUUUAAAUUUUGAUGGUAAUACUAUCUAGGAGCGAUUUCAUUGUUUGAAAUUGUCAUACAAUCUUUUUCAGUAAGACUAGUUAUGUACUUUCUUGUUGACCAAGUGUCGUAAGUAUGAAGAUUGACAUCUUAUUUCUUGAAAGCUUUCUGCUUAUUUGGUUUGAUUGUUGAAAGUUAUUGACAUUACCCCUCUUAAUUGUCAGCUUGAAAACAGAAUUACAUUUUAUUUAGCACAACAAUGUAAAGGAAAUAUUAAAGGUUCUGGCCAAUUUCUGAUAAGAAUCCACUGGUUGCUGCCAUGUUAUAGAACUUUUGACUUUGAAUGUUAAUAUUAAUCUGAUAAGAUUUUCUUCUGAGUACCAUCAGCAUCAAGUUACUCUGGUGAUUGGGUGGAGUGUGCUUUUCCGUUCCUCUAAGUUUCAUCCUCUUUGUCUAGUUUAUUCAUGAAGUUCCUAAUCCUUGUACAGUCACUCUUUGGAUCUUGCCGUGGCUUGUUUAAUAAAUUAUCUUUCCAGGCCUUAUGUGCUAUCACAAAUUACAUUAUAGAAUAGCGGAAAGAGUUAAAAUUGUUGCUAUUGUACUUCUUGCUGUGAUAGCUAGGUCAGUAGCUUUUUGGAUUUUUUAGGACUUAUUUGGAAAGCCACUUAGUAAUUGGAUUUGGGUGUAAUUGCUUGUAAUCACACUAUAUUUGGUAACCAAUGUAAUUAGUAGGUCUCAUUGAAUUUAGCGUAAUUGGAGCACUCCAAUUCGUAGAGGGAGGGUAAGUACUGGAGUAAUUACAUGGGUUGUUAUAUAUAAUAUACUCAAAUGCAAUUACUUUAUGGCUUUCCAAACAUGUCCAUACAUGAUUUAAGUAUAAAAAGUUAUUUUUUAUACCAUAAUAAUAGUAUUUUAAUUGUAGGAUAUAUAUUUUAUUUUUUAAAUAUAAUCAUGUUAUUUUACUAAUCUUAUUUAGAAAAAUCUAAAAAUAUAUAUAUAUUAAUGGGAGAUAAUUUUCUAUACAUUUUGGCUUACCAUAUCAAACAUGUCUAGGGAACUAGAAUUUUUGUAAUUACAAGAGGGUGUAAUUACUAUAUUAGUAAUUACACUUUCAUCUAAUUACUUUGUAAUAUCCAAACGCACCUGUUAUUGGAAAAGAAUGUUGAAUGAGUAAGAAUGGAGAAGUUAGCUUCAGACCUUGGGCUUGUUAAAAGUCACACGAAAGGCUGUUUGAUAUUGGAUAAUAAUAGCAGUCAUGCUGGAAAACUUCUGAUGAUAAUUUUAUGUUAAACUAAAGCCUAACAUUUGAAAGCUCAGCAAAAUACAACUGGUAUAAUAUACCCUAAAUAGUCUAAAAAGGUAUAUGGAAAUUGCAAAUGAUGAAGAACUGCUAGGUGAUGAGGGCUUAUGGAAAUUCUGUUAUUUGAGUACUUGAGAUAAUAGAGAAAAAUGAAUUUAAAUAAAGAGCAGAAAAGAAAAUAUCUCUAAGCUUCACAUGUAAAACUUUGCAGUUUGCAUCAUGCAAUCAUAAGAGAUGAUGGAAAGUUUUCGAUGAUACUUUUAUGUUAAGCCUAAGCUAUUUAAUCUAAAACUACAUGGUAGUUAUAAGUUAAGCCUAGAUUCAAAUACAAUAGAACUGAUGGAAGAUAAAAUAUAGGAUCAUAAAGCCUUUAUGCUUGGUAGAUAAGCAAAAUAGUAAUGCUAUGCUUGGUAGGUGUACUGUUUUUUACACAUGUUUUAGGAUAUGAUUUAACAAUAAACUAAUUCAAUUGGUAAUAUUUAGCCACUCUCAUGGCUUAUUUUUCGUAAAGGAAAGGAAAAAUUUUCGCUUAUUUUGAAGAGGUCUUAUUUUUUACGAGAGCUUUUACUCAUCUUUCUAAUUUCAAGUUUAAAAUUUAUACUAACUAUUGUAAUACAUAUGUAAUGAAUAAGCUAUUUCCUAAUGUUAUUAUGCUGUAACCAAACGAGGCAUAGUUAUUUUAAAAUUUGAUGAAACAAUCUUAAAUUUCUAAAUUAUAUACAAUAACAUUCAUAGUAAAUUGACAACACAAAACCUUAUAUUAGUUUAAUCCUCAAUUAGCAUAUUUCUAUCAUGCAUUAAGAAAAACCAAAGAAUUAGAAAUCAAAUGGUUAGAACCAGUCUGGAAUAUUUCUUCAUUCCUAUUUGAAGAUUGAAAAAAUCAUUUGGAAAGAUAUAUUGAAAUAAGUGAUACAAGUUUGUUAACUGUUAAAAAAGUAGCGGUCUUAUAAGUUUGUAAUGCUGUAUUUUUGCUGCUUUUCUUGUCUUUUUCUUACUGGAUUUGGCAACAUUCUAUGUGGUGUCUUGUCCCAUGUUUGGUUAAAUUUGUUGUUUACUGUUUGUGUACCUUGUCCAUGGAUUUGGCAACAGUCUUUUUUGCAUUAGUGUGAUUCUUUUUUAUGUCAAGUGGUCUAUACAACAGUAUAUAAUGCGAGCUUGUGCUGCUAAUUUAUUGGUUACAAUAUUUUCAAGUUUUGCCAGUCCAUCACUUUGUUUGGCGCCUUUACCAAACUCAAUAGUUGCAGGUGGAGAAUGAUCCAAAAGUGCUUCAGAUUGUCCGAAUUCAAGCACAUAUUUGAAAAACACAGCUUAGUAUUACCGCUUAUAUAUGUCUUGAGGCUUCUUAAAUUUAUUCGGCAGCCCCAGAUAUGGGUGGGAGUGGGAUUUGUACAACUUCCUGCUUAGUGAUUCUUUUCCCAGGAUGUAGCUGCAGCUCUGAGUUAGACAAGACAAUCAUCAGUUUAUCUUGUAAGUAAUAGAAUAAAGUAAAAGAAGGAUUUUGCAAAUUAAGAAGCAGUUCCAAAUUUGUAUGUUUAUAGUGAGCCAUAGUUACUUUCUUAGCUCUAAGGUCUAGAUUAGAAACCAAGCCUAGCACAUGGGCAUGGUAAGUGGUAACAUCUACCAUUGUGCUGUUUUGAACUUGCUUUUGCAUUGACUUGUUGCCACGGCAUAACAUUGAGAUUUGAGAUGCCGUAUGAUGGAUGCCCUUGAGAUGUCUCUAGGUUUAGUUGGAAUGAAGAGUCCGGUUUAGUGUGUUAAAGAGUGGGUUUUGGAAAAUCCUUUAGAAAUGCAGAACAAUACUGCGCCAUUCUGUCUUUCUUUUUUAAAUUCCCAUUUUGACAGAUUUGUGAGAGGUUUUUUACCGGUGAUUAAAUGGAAUGAUUUUUUCUCA